AUGGCAAGUUUAACACAGAUGACCGGCUUUUUUACAAAACAAAGAAAAAAAAACAAGACCUUCAAAAUAUCGUAUUUCUUUGUUGACUCUUAUGGCACAAUGUAUUAUCUAUCAAAUCUUGCACAAUUAAACUAUUAUAUUAAAAAUAGUAAUAGUGAAUUAGAUGUAUUAAAUGAAUUUACAUAGAUAAUCUCUAAAUUGGAAAGUUCAAAUGCUAUAACCAAAAUGUCUAUCCAAAAUUGCAGAAUCUCAGGAAUCAAAACAUUACAAGCAUACGAUAAUGUCCCAUUUUAUCAUCGCCAGCAUUUUGAACUCCAAAUUUCCUAAAAAAAUGUUAUCAAGGUCCUUCAAGUAUAUUCAACAAUUGAAGAUGAUAUUGAAAUAUUAUAGGAAGUGAUCAAACAAGGAUCACAAAAGCAAAGGCCUCAUUAAUAAUUGCAAUUAAAUUCAGAUGCUGAAAAGAAAAAUGCAUUUAUUGAGGAAAUUUUGCAAUUACUUAAAAAAUAUGAAGGAGAAGUCAUCAAUGUCAAUGCAAAUGAAAUACAAUAAGAUAGCAAACUAUAUUAUACAGGUUAGAUAGUGGAUGGAAAACCAGAAGGCUAGGGAACAUUAUUUUACAAUUUGGAAGGAAUUCAUUAUAAAGGGAGCUUUUAAAAUGGUAAAAAACAUGGAGUAGGUUAUAUUGCAAAUAGCAAUUUGGAUUAGAUAGAUUGUGAAUUUGAAUAUGAUAUUUUAACUGGUAUUUGA